AUGACUUCAUUGACGACAGCAGUGCCAUCCCCAGUGCUAUUGUCAACAGUAGUGCUCAACAUCACCGAUCGUGCCGGAGUUAGCCAUCCAGCAAGAGCUCUCUUGGAUAGCGGAGCUCAAUCCAACUUCAUCACCGGCAGGAUGGCACAGUUCCUGGAAUUGCCGCGGAAGCUGAUCAAUCUUCCGCUAUCAGGCAUUGGUGGCAGUACAAGAUCGAAUUUGUCAGCAGACAUACCAACUCACCGGAUCGACAUCAGCCACUGGAAGAUACCGGAAACCUGCAUCUUGGCUGAUCCAUCCUUCAAUCGGCCAGGAACCAUUGACAUCAUCUUGGGAGCAACACACUUCUACGAGAUCCUGAGGAUCGGACGACUCUCCCUGGGUGACAGCAUGCCAACCCUUCAGGAAACUGAAUUUGGUUGGGUAGUCAGUGGUACCAUCACCGAACCCAUGUCACCGGUAAUGUGUGUGGUGGCAACACACACAAACGAGUUGGGCAACCUAAUGGAGCAGUGUUUCACCACCGAAGACCUGAGCAACACACCGAGCUGGAGCAGCGAGGAACGAGCCUGUGAGGACCAUGACACGGCAACCACCACACGAGAAGAGAAUGGCAGGUACAUGGUCCAACUUCCACGCAAGCCAGAGAUGAUUGGCAAGCUUGGCAAUUCAACGACUAUCGCACUUCGACGGUUCCUAGCACUAGAACGUCGACUUCAACGGGAACCCGACACCAAAAGUGCCUAUGUGGACUUCAUGGAUGAGUACCUUCACUUCAGUCAUACGAGCAAGGUGGCAGCUUCUUCAAAGAACGAUGAAUCGUUUUAUCUACCACAUCAUCCGGUCUUCAAGACCGACAGCACCACGACGAAGUGUCGAGUGGUGUUUGACGCAUUGAGUAAAUCUUCAACGGGUGUGUCUUUGAACGACACACUAAUGGUCGGGCCGACCAUUCAACAAGAUUCUGUUCGGUGA